AUGCGCUGGCGCCUUGCGCGCUGGCGUCUAUGCGCGCUGGCGCCGUGCGCGCUGGCGCCGUGCGCGCUGGCGCCGUGCGGGCUGGGGCCUUGCGCGCUGGCGCCUAACGCGCUGGCGCCUAGCGCGCUGGCGCCUAGCGCGCUGGCGCCUACCGCGCUGGCGCCUUGCGCGCUGGCGCCUAACGUGCUGGCGCCUAGCGCGCUGGCGCCUUGCGCGCUGGCGCCUUGCGCGCUGACGCCUAGUGCGCUGGUGCCUUGCGCCUUGGCGCCUUACGCGCUGGCGAUUAGCGCUCUGGCGCCAGGAGGCCGCGUGAGAGGCCAUGUGAGAGAGCGCGUGAAAGUGCGCGUGUUAGUGCGCGUGAGAGUGCGCACAGCGCGUGAGGGAGAGCGUGAGAGUGCGCGCGUGAGAGAGCGCGUGAGGGAGAGCGUGAGAGUUCGCGUGAGAGUGCGCUCGUGA